CUUAAAUCCAACAGAGUAGACUAGUGAUACUGUGUACACGUACAAGGAGUUGAAAUUACUUUUCCUCAUGUAAAGACGUCCUGUUGUUCCAUGUCGAACACCUGUUUAACAGUUCCAUGCUUAAAAAUGUAAUUCUCAAUACUCACCUACGUAUACUUUUCUUUAUUCUAAACGAUGAGAAUUUGGUUUAACAUAGAGACAAGUAUCCCCUAUCGCUCAGAUGGCUUUUUAGCCUCUUGUCACCUGCACACUUUAGUUAACAAUGUAUUGACUUGAUAAUAAAAACAUGGAACUGGAGAAUAAAAAUUGUUACCCACAACGGACAGUCAACGGCAAACAAAAUUAAAGUUGUGCCCGACGGACAUAAAAUAACACCUAAAUAUUAUUAUGAAUUACGUGGACCGUCUUAGAAACUUAGCCCUCUGGACAGAAAUAAUGAGGACUUAAUGUCGGCAGCUAGUAAUUAAAACUUAACUUUCGUUAAGGCUGAGUGUAAACAGAAUUGAAAUGCUGAUAGGCAAAGACAAUGAUUGCUUCCUCUUAGUGGCAGGAAACACUAUUUAAAGAUUAGAAUUUAAAUAUGUAGCUUAGACUAUUUAUGAAAAUGUGUCGACGCCUCGAGUUUUGACUAACGUCGAUUCGAUGAAAUUCAACUCCGACACCAAUUAUUAUUUUUUUUUAACAUUAACUUUGAGUAAAGGAAAGAACAACUUGAAAGAAGUAUUCACUAAUUCAAACAUCCGACAGUUUCCGUUUCUAUUAAAGAAGUUGUAUUGCCAAAAUAUUACGUACAUAGGACAUAGAAAUAAUUAAAUUUGUACAAUAUAAUGUUGACCAAUGCGAUCAAAUCUUUCCCCAGCUGCCCUGUUUCGCACACUUAGUAGCUUCUCCCGUUUAUAUUUAUCUUAUCGCGGCACGGUGAAAACAAAACUUUUAAGGAUUUGAAUAGGUGUAGCGUAGGCUUGAUUUUAUUUUCCACAAAAGUGUAAUUUCCCGUAAAUUUCAACCAUUUCAGAGAAACAAUCGAUUAAGCACUGACGUGUGAGAAUGUUAUUGUUCAGUUUUUUUUUUAUAGCUAUUCACUCUUUGCCUUCUCCAAUUCACACCAUGUUUCAAACAACUCCAUAAAUGAUUUGUUGUAUUUUACUGUCCAAAACAGAUCUGAAACAACUGUUUCUCACCCACAUCAAAAACGCAGAUAAAAGACUUUUUAUCAUACCUGUUCAAAACUCUUCAAUUGGGUAAACUGGCAAUUUUGUUGCUAAUGGAAAAUUAUUGAAUUUUGUCAAAAAAUGUUGCCCCACAAAAUUUACGACUCUUGUUUUAUUCUUGUAGAUGUGUACUUAUUGCGAUCAAAACAGGGGAAAUAUUGGAAUUACAAAAAAGAGAACUUGUUGGCCAUUUCUAUUCUAUUCUCCAAACAAGGCCAGAACAAUUGUUUCAAUGACUAUGACAUUACAGAAAUUUGAUACAAUAUUUCCAUUAUAAGUAGUUUCGAUGUUGAAAAUGUCAAACAAUUGUGAGCAGUUUAUAUGGCAUUUCCGUUUAUUCCAACGAACCAGGCCAAAUUGCAAUUUGUAAGACAAGCUUUUUAAGGUCGAAAAAAGAGUUGAUGCAAAAUUUCAGUCAUUAGCUGCGGCUUCUCUACGUGGUUACUUCCUUGUCCACCGAAGAUGAGUUUUCCGGCAUACCUUGUACCAGUUUUUGAGUCAUAAAAAAGACAAUAAAACACAAUGGAAAGCAAACAAUAUCUAAAAGCUCUUAAAAAAUAUAGAUGCACAUUUUAUAACACAAAGAUGAAAUAAUUUAUUGCACACCCAUCCACAAAACAUUCAGUAACUUUCAUUGAUACCGACUACAUGCAUCCUUCUUCCAUUCUGUAUAUAUUACAUGUGGUACAAUGAUUCAUGGAACAUAUAAGAUAACACAAGACCAAUGAUCACUACUCGUUUUCUUUGGUUAUAGUCUCGACGUUCAGCCCCAUCUUCAGUUGCUUUGAUCACGGAGAACUCCGCUUUGCUGAGAAAUGACUGGCUUCGAUUUCGGCAUUACUCAUCAGAUCAUGAGGACCCUUCCUGCUUUGCCGAGGGAGUAUCAAGAUUACCACCAUUCUACAGAGGUAAGGCUUACAGUCUACCUCCUAAUCUAUUAAUUUGCCUGCCUGUUUUUAAUUAUGGGCAACAUAUGAUGUUUUGCGAGACUUUGUUAGCAUGCAAAAAUAGAAUGAGCCAUUCUUCAGCGUCGAUCAGUUUUUUCCUGCACGCAAAGCGCAGAAAAAAUUAACUGUGCAAAUUAACAGGGUUGCAAUUAGUCUUUCUUGAACAAAAAACUGCGUAUUUUUGUACAUUUGAAUACUGGGUAUACGUAGUUGUUCGAUCUUCCAGAGUUACAUAUCAUUAUUUAGAGACGCACUGUUCACGAAAAUCCGUAAGGAUUCGACAAGACAGAAUCCAAGCAAAGAGAUGGCUCUUACGUCGCCAGCACAGGCGAUCAUUACAACAGCACCGUAUCGCAACUCCAUGACCUGUUCGUUAAGAAUCACUCUUUAACAGAGAAAUUAGAUGUCACUCUUUAAAUUAUUUGGUCUCUGUACCGUGUAUAGUGUUCUCUCGCAAUGUGUUUAACAAAGAAAUAAAAAAUUUUCCUUUAACCAUUUUUUUUUGAUAUGGUAACAAAAGAAGGACACAAAUAUGUGGAGAAAUGCUUCAGUUACUAACUUCUCCUUUUUUGCUCAUUCUACUUGUCCCUUCCCUUUAUUCUUCAAAAUGUUGCCUGGCGAUUUUCGCUAAGCACAGCAAGUUGAAUAAAAAACACAACACCACAUACAUUUUAGACAUGAUUUUGUCGGUUUAAAAAAUAGCUUGUUCCAUACAAUUUUUCAGCGUGCGCCAGAAAUCGGCUUCAAUUAGAACCUAAGUAAUUUCAAAUGUUCAUAACAGUCCUUCCAUUACGCAAAGGAAGAUUUAUGUAACGAUGUACGCAAUCAAUAUUUUAAAAAGCAUUUUUGCUUUCGCUACUCUGACAAGUUCUCGGAGUCUUUCUUUUGAACAUGCGGUCUAAUUCUUAUACUUCGGCGACGGUCACUUGCCGAUUACGUACUUUUAUCACUAAUCGAGAUUUGACAUACAAGGUCUUGCUAUGCAGUCUUGUUGAGAAUAGCAGUCAUUCCAGUGAAGUCAUUGUGGUAGCGCUGAGCCAGGCUAAAAAUGCUUCCGUGUUACUGUUCAGCCGAGCUAAGCACAAGUCUGGUUUCUCGAGAGCAGUAAUAGAUAAAUACUGACAUGGCUGAUAGUUCUUAAACAAAUUUCUUGUACACAGUGUCCCUCUCACCUUGAAUCGAGAUAAAUUAUGGCCUGUACGUAAAAAUCCAUCGCCAUUUAAGCGAUAUUAAAGAUUAUUCAGUUUGUUCUAGAGAAGUACCCAAUGAAAAGCCGAGAGCGAAAUCGUAAGAAUUUUUUGAAGUGCCAGCUAUGUCAGUGAACUAAAGGAGGCGAACAAAAAGUUUGAAGUAAAGAAAGAAAUAGUUUGUACUGUAAUGAUGUUUAGUCAUUAUCCUCUAAAUUUUAACUAUGAAUAUUUAAUCCGCAAUUUCGAUGAUUCAGAGAAAAAAAUUAGGGAGAAAAGAAAGCAAAUUAUCAAAAUAAAUCGUAAAACUUUUAACUGAAGUAUUCCACCUUAAGGAUGGCAAAUAUAUAUUCUGACUCAUUCAACUUGCUUCCUUUAAUAGUGCAAAUUAUGUUAGAAAGUAUGACCUUUAAUUUCACAAGAUGUACGGAAAAAAAGAAAGAAAGAUUGGAUAAUUUAUAGAUAUCCCAGCAAGUGACCUUGUGUUUAGUUCCAAGAAGAAUUUUACUUUAGGGACUAGGUAAGAAAGUGGUGUUAUUACGUCUACGCAUUGAUGCUGAAAAAAAAAACCGUCUCUUUAUUUAAUCCAAGAGCAACUCUCGGCAGGACACACUUCCCUUUGUUUAAAAGCCUAAAAACACAGGUGGCGUGAAGAAAAAAAGAAAACCGUAUUAUUGAUAAAGAUUCACACGUGUAAUAACUUGAUAGAACUCUACAAAUAAAAGAAAUUCCUCGUGAAUUUUCUUUGAAAUGUGUGCACAUGAUUUGAAGUUAGGAUUUUUGGUUUCGAGUAUACGUGUAUUCAAUUCAGUUAAGCUUGCGUGCUCUGAAAACACCAAUAUUGUUUUCUGUCCCAGAAGACAGCACAAUUAAUUUAAUUUCAUGGCAAAAAGUGAUGUCUUCGAAAUUGGAUUCUAAAAGUAAUUUCCAUCAGGAAAUUAACAGCAAAUAUUAGUUUCCCCUGCAAAUCACUAACAAUAAUCAAAUCAUUAAAGUUGCAUUAACUUUGAUACAAUACGUUUAUUUAAAAACCUUGCGAUUCCAAUUGUGUUUUGGAUUUAUUUAUCUGGGUCCUACUGCGAUAUAUUGAUUGAGCUUAAUUGCAUAAUAUAUUUUGGUGUUAUAUUAAAAAUAUCUUUACUCACUUUCCAGAUGGCCCUCGCUGCAACUGUCAACUCUGCGUCACCACCUUGUAUCCCGAUCGCCUUUACGAGCACCACCUGUCGCAGAUGAAGCCGCAUGAUAUGAUGUGCAGGCUCAGGGAAGAAAGAUUAUCUCCUUUGCUUCAUAAGCAAAAAACCGAGGCAUUGGAAAGUCCAGGAGCUUUUCCUUUUGCUCUUUCACAUCAAUCUUCGUCUUCGUCGUUGAAUUCACCGCAAGAGGAACAAAGACGACAAAAGCAAAAGCGAUUUCAAUGCAUGCACUGUGAGAAGUCCUUCGGCAAAUCCUCGCAUCUUCGGGAUCAUAUCCGAACUCACACCGGCGAUCGGCCCUUUCGCUGUCAGUUUUGCAACAAGGCGUUCACACAAUACUCGAACUUGAGAACGCACACACGCAUUCAUACAGGUGAAAAACCAUUUAAGUGUCACCACUGUAACAAAAGCUUCACUCAGGCUGUCACGCUUCGCAGUCACACAAGAACUCACACUGGAGACCGACCAUACCACUGUAAGCGAUGCAGUAAAUCGUUUGCCUGUUUUUCCGGUUUGAAAGGACAUCACAGAGUCCACUCAGAAUUGGAACAGGAGGAACUAGAAAUCUGA